AAGUUCUUCUUCAAGGUCACUUUCAUUGCAAUCCCUCUCGUUGGUUUUAUCACUAAAUGGUAUGGCGCUUAUUAUGACAAAUUGUCGGAAAAGACGCAAACAACCAUUGCUGAUGCAAACCAAAUCGCUGAAGAGGUUUUGUCCACCAUGCGAACAGUUAGAUCAUUUGCAUGCGAACGGCGGGAGGUUGAUAGAUUCGAAGACAAACUCGAUGACACAUUGUUAAUGAACAGAAAGAAGGCUAUCGCAUACAUGGGCUACUCGUGGAAUACUGAGUUCUGUGACAACGCGAUUUUGGUAGCGGUUUUGUUUUAUGGAGGUCAUCUAGUCAUGUCGGAUAUGAUGUCUACCGAUCAACUGAUCACGUUCCUCCUUUAUCAAAUGCAAUUAGGCGAAAAUCUCUAUAACAUCGGCUACGUUAUGACUGGCUUAAUGGAAUGUGUUGGAGCUUCAAGAAAGGUGUUCGAAUAUAUGAUGCGUGAUCCAGAAUUCACCAAUGAUGGGGAGAGAGAACCACCUCUCGAAGGCCGCAUUGAGUUCAGAAAUGUUCAUUUCACCUAUCCUUCAAGACCAAACAAUCCCGUACUAAAGGGCUUGGAUUUAAUAAUAGAAGCAGGCCAAACAACAGCUUUGGUUGGGCCAAGUGGCGGUGGAAAGUCUUCUAUAGUAGCUUUGAUACAACACUUUUACGAGCCCAGCAAGGGAACGAUAAGCAUAGAUGGUGUAAAUGUAGAAGACAUCUCUCAUUCUUAUUAUCAUCACAAAGUAAGU